GCUCCUACAGCUUUGUGCAAUGCCCAGGCUUUGGCGGCCAUGUUGGUGCGGCAGCAGUGCUGCUUGAGGCCAAGGCGGAUGGCAACGUGCGGGCGGAGGAUGGAAGCACUCCGCUACAUGCGGCUGCUGAGCGAGGCCAUGCGCAAGUGGUGGAGCUGCUUCUCUCCCACAAGAUCAACAGACAUCCGGGGGCUGCGGGCGGGCGAACGCCACUCCAUGUGGCUGCAGAGCGUGGCUUUGCAGAUGUGGUGGAGGCGGCGGUGGUCAACGAUGCCGCAUCGAGCUUGCGGACGAGCCGCGUCAUCUUCAUUGAGAGUGUGCUGGUUCUGGUGCUGCUCAAGAGGGACAGCGCGGAGAAGAAUGUGGAAUGCAGGGCAUUGGCCGGCGAACAGAUCGCCGAUGUGAAGGGAGGCAUCGACGGCGUCUCAGCCGAGGAUAUCAAUAAGAUCCUGUAUGAGAGCGCUCAGCAGUUCCAGGACGGUAGCCUGAGCUAA